CGUUAUGGCAAAAACAAUUUGGUAAAGCGAAGUUGUACCGUCUGGUAGCGAGCAAGCUAACCGACUGGCUUGCUUGGCUCGCGUCUUUAGAUAGCGACUCUUCCAUCAUUGCCGCGCGCAGCCACACCGUCUCCACUAACGUUACUGUACCACCAAAAUCACCUUGCUAACUCUAAGCCAAGCCUUGACAUUCCUAUUUUUAAUGUAGCCGUGUACUAUCCCAACGACGCGCUGUUUUUCAUGAUUUGAGCUGGAUAGUAACUUUAAUAUGACCGUGUCAACAUAAAAAAAAUACAGUUAGCAGUAAACUUGUAUUGUCCUCCGCUAUUAGCCAGUAGACACCUGGAUCCGUUGGCAGGACCGUGUUGUCGCCAGCAUUUCAGUUUAGUUUAGCGUCUUGUUAGCCAACCUGCUAACUAGCCCCCCUCUGGCCGAACUGCACUUUGCUGCUAUUGCUACUUUGUCACAUGCGGUCUUGCCAGUUAACAUAAUAAGUUAGCUAUCUAUUUUCAUGUUGUUCGAUGUACAUUAAUGGGAAUACGGCCUUACUUCUCAACAUGGCGUUAGCUAACGUUAGCUGCUAGCACGGUCAGCUUCUGUCAUUGAAAUAACGUUUACUGGUAAUGUUGCUAGGUGAAAAUCUUUUACACUUGUUUCAGACGAAGUUAUUUGUAUCUCACUGGUGUUGACUAACGGUGUGCACUGUCAACAAAACAUUUUUAUGGAUAACUAGCUACUGUCAAGAAGUGGUCAGAUGUAUUGAUAGAGUUCAGUUCGUCAUUCGUAGACGAACAGUUCGGUGGGUCAGAGUCCCACUCCUAAAGUGAUUGUAUGCGCGGUAAAGACUUCGCCAGAAAGAUUGCGCAGAUAUUUUUACAGAGGUAUUACCGCGGCAUCCCGCUUUCUAACUUACUUUAGAAUGGUAACUUAGUAGUAAAAUGGAGUCGGAUAUCGGAGUGCGAUAGCGAACUAGAUUUAUGUUGUCCUUAACUAUUUCGGUACGAAGGGGUUUGGUGUUAGGAAUGGCUGUAGUUAAUGAUCGGUUAUAACUAAAUAUCAUUAAUAUAUUAAGUGACGCUAGAGAUUAAUUAGGUCAUUAUACUUCAGUCUUAAACUGCUCUUAACACUUAGUCAUUUGUGCAUUUAAGCGAAGCGGACUUUUUUUAUCAUGGAAUGGAGAAUUGCUCUAUAAUACGGUCCUGAUCAUAACAUGCAUCAUAGCCGGGUUCAGUAACCUUCCUCUUAUCUAAAAGCCAUAUUGGCUUUUUUUAUUCAGAUAUCCUCGAACAGGGAGGUAUCCACCACGGCAACACCAACCCAUGGACUGAAUAUAUCUGAAAUGUGUAGUGUAUUCUCGCUUGUACGAUCACUGUCAACACCUAAUACAUUUCACAUGGUGUUUGUAUAUACCGGACUGUAAUCCCGCGAAAUGUCAGUCUUGGGAGCAAUAGGGUCUGUCAUUUUAUCUCACCGAACUGAGACUGAACUAUACGUUACAUUUAAAUUAAAGUCUAUUUGUUUGUAAAGAAAGAGCGAGUUCCUCAGUAAACAAACCACCAGAUGAUCUUUAUCAGGCCCGUAUACCAAAGUAUGUUCAGUGACAUCCUGUCUUAUAUAUCAAGCAUGCAGUGUAUAGUGCUUGAAUUGCAAGUGAAAGACUGCACUAGAUUUUGCUCCACCUUAGCCUUUGGCAGGCAGUGAUGUGUAGGAAAAGGACAAAAAAGAGAGACUCUUCUUUGGAAUGAGUCAUGGAAGUGUGAUGUCAAAAGGGAACAGACGUGUGUCAUUCUGCCCUCUGUGUCCCUGGAUGACCUAGGCCUUUACAUGAGAACCCAUCUCAGAAGUUGACGUCAGCUCAUAGUUUAUGGCAGACAACAACUGCUCUGUGUGUGUGUGUGUGUAUUGCAUGUGUUCGUGUGCUGUGUACAUUUGUGAAAAGCUCAACACAGUAUGUCAGUGUGGAUGUGUGUUUGUAAAUGCCAAGAGAGGUAGAAAACUUGUUUGUGUUGGUGAAUCUGGCAAAUGGCCUAUAUGGGAACUUGUCUAGGCAGUUCAGCUUUGGCAACAUCCCAUCAAGCAGGAAGUCUUUGGUGUUAAAGAAGAAAUGUCUCAGCAUGAAAGUAUGGUAUUUGGUAAAGGGAAAGAACUCUUCUGAAUACCACUAAACAAACCACUGUUCGCUUUGUCCAGGGGAAGGAGGAGAGGUUUUUAAAGUCUUUGGUCCAAACUGAAGGAAUUCAUUCAUCUGCAUCUCAUUUGAAUUUCCUGCUUGCAUAAUUCACCGUUUGCAUGUGCUCUGGAGGACUGUUGUGCAAGGGUGCCAUUUUUUUUUUUGCCAAAAUGUGCAAGUCAUGUGGCACAAAUACAAACAAUGUGCUCCCCAAAGCCACAGAAUGGGAAUGCGCACACAAUAAGACCGCUCACCAGCUGCAGCUCAGGGAAAGCAGUUUGGUUCUCAGCCACCUGCCUUAAUGCUGCGUCACAGAUUCUCCUAAUUAGAAGCUAACAUGCAUAUGGGAUUUUGGUGUUGAACCCCCCCCCCCCCCACACACACACAAAGGGCACAUUCCAGCGCGGGAAUGUGCAAAAGGAAGGAGUUCUGUCUGUUUGUUGGCUUAUGAUUAUCUUGAUGCGAGAAGUGUUAGAUCCAGCUGUUGCUUUCUCGCCCUAAUUUAUGAGCGGCUCAGGUCAGGUUCUUGUAGCACAGCCGGUUAAUGGUGCUUAGGAUGCCUAUUGGAACAUGAGAGGGAUUAAUGUUUGCCCCAUGCGGCAAUAAGGACAUAACGUUGAUUUUUCCAUUGCCUGUUAUUUUUUUGUGUGUGUGUUGUUCCUCAAAGUGUUGAUUACAAUCAAAUGCAAUGCAAAUGUAGUCCCUUUAGAGUGGUGCCAAAAGCAUGUACAUGGCACCAAAUCAUACAGUAGAUCUUCACAAGCCUGUGCCUUGAUGCAAAUGUUUCGACAGAACUAAGAUUUGCAAUUUGAUUGAAAAUAAGAAAAGGGGAGAAAAAACCUGUUGCUGUAGCACACAAACUCUCCUGUAGCCGCAGGCACUCACACCCAGCUGCCUCUGUGCCAUGGCACAAUUUUCGGAGUUUGGCGGCUGGAACUAGCUUGGCUAAUAGUCGGCGUUACCGCUUUCAACUGCUGCCUUUUGAGCUGUUAUCAGCUGACAAUGUGUGGCUGUGUGCUGCCUAUGGCCUAGGCCCUUGCUGUAAAAGGCCUGGUUUUGUUCAGGCAGACAUUUUAGGGUGCUCCUCAGGAGAGGUGUUAGCUGUGUGCAGUCAGUGCUGGUUGGCAGAUAGUCAUAUGACAUAAAUUAGGCUACUGCAGACAUGAGAGAGAGAGAUAGAGAGAGUGUGUCGGCCAUUUUGGAGUACUGUAUGCCUGUACACCUACCUAACACCUCCAUGCCCUCCAUUCCUGUGUGAUAACAUUCCUGUCGGACAUGUCGGGCCCAUAUUUCGGCUGGAAACACUGACGCUCUUUAAUGGAGCUAAUGAUGUGUGACAGCCAUUUUUUAACCGGGCGGCGAGUUGGCAGAGCCUGGCACUCGCCAUUGUUCUGUGGGGUGAGUAAACCAGCUGUUCCAGGUUGUUGUGUGAGGUCACCGUGUUUGGGUUGAGGCACUUUUGAAAUCCUCCGCUCUGGCCCUAAGCAGUGAUGUCAUUCGGAGGAGAUUCUCCCUCAUCUGUCUCGCUGCUCUCGCUGCCAGGGAAUCUGUAGCUGUAACUGCAACUAAAAGCAUUAUGUAUUAUUGUGCUGUAUUAUAUAAUGUAACCCAUUGAAUCAUAAUACCCUCAGUUAUGCAGGGCCCUUUUAGUACAUCCUCUGUCAGUUCAAGGGCUAGGUAUUGUUCAUAUAUAUAGAGCAAGCCUCUAUUAACGACUAGGCUAUGUGAGGGAGCAGAUCCGUUGUUAAAAUGCAUGCACUGUCUGUCUUAAAGUUACUACGAAGACAGACAUUUGCUCAGUAUCAGUACUGGAAGAGAUUUUACUGACCUACCGUUAUGGCAGUGACACGUGUGCUGGGUUAAAGUGGGUUAAAUCUAUAAUGGCCCAAUUGUUGACCCACGUAUUCUAGUGCGACAUUUCUGUGAAAGUUUCUUGAAUGCCGGCGGUUCAUGUAUGUGCUAGUAUAGUAUAAGAAAGUGCUGUGGGACAGAAGUGUUGGCACAGGGAAUAGCUAUGAUGGUGCAUUCAGAGAAGUAAGGCACAGCGAAACACUGGCCUCCAUCACAGGUGGUGGUUGUCAUUCAAGUAACCUUCCCAAUUUGUACAGCCCCUUUCUCUUCCACCACAGGUUUCCAAGAUUCCAGAGGAGGCUACCCAGAGUGCUGCCGGAGCAGACAGUUGAGGGAGGGAGGGCGCGGGCCGAGCGGGAGAGUGGAGCCGGAACCGGCGCGAGACAGGAGGCCUUCCCCCCAGGGAAGCCCCUCCCCUCCGCGGAAGUGCAGUCAUCGCGGUCUGUAAUGAAAUCUCAUGAAGUCCCCUGUUGCAGCUGACGUUCCCAGUCAGCAGGAGAUUCCAGUGCCGACUGAGGACAACAGAGGAGUGAGGGUCCUGCUCAAAAACAGGACUUCACUUCCAAGAUCCCACCUGGAUACGCUCCACACCCCUCCCUCCUGUCAGGCUGUGUCCUGAUCAGCCACAGCUAACACCAGCAGCGAUGUCCAGCCGAAGGAAGUCUUCCACACCCUGCAUGAUACGCGUGAGCGACACCAUCGAGGACUGUGCAACGGAAAUCGAGGCCCCCACGGAUGACUUGGUGGAGUGCACGGCUUCUCGAGUGCUUCCAGAGCGGGACUGGAAGCUGCCGCCAAGUGCCCCCUUGGAGGACCAGAGCAGCCAACCCCAGGAGAAAGAAACUGUGGAGGAGGAGGAGGCGGAGGGGGAGGAGCUGGUGAGGAAACCAGUGCAGAAGCUCCAGCAUAAGCAGCACGGAGGCUAUGAGUGCAAGUAUUGUCCUUUCUCGACCCAGAACCUGAGCGACUUCAAAGAGCACGUGGACACAACUCACCCCAAUGUCAUACUCAAUCCGCUGUACUUGUGCGCCGUAUGCAACUUCAGCACAAAAAAGUUUGACUCCCUCACGGAGCAUAACGAGACGUACCACCCUGGUGAGAGCAACUUCAAGUUUAAAAGAAUCAAACUCAACAACCAGACAGUCCUGGAACAGACAAUCGAAGGUGUACACAAUUCCGUUGACCUUGACAAUGAGGACACAGAGACUGUGGGUGGUGGUGUUCCAGAUUUCACUCUCAGCAAAUCAACCGCAGUGAAAGCUGGGAAGCCAAAAGCAGAGGAGAGGCACAUUUUUGGCCAAGGCAAUGAAUUGCAGAAGCAUUUAGAAAACCUAAUCUCGAAGGAUCAGAUCACUGCUGUAAAUGUGAACGGCACUGUAAUAAUUCCUGACCCAACUAUACUGCAAGGACUCUCACAUGUUAUGCCUUUGCUUCAGAGGCCCCCCAACUUAAACUCUGUACCAAAAAUCGCUGUUCCUUUGAACACCACCAAAUACAAUCCCUUGCUGGACAAUAACGCCAUCCUCAUCACGUCCUUCAACAAGUUCCCUUAUCCGACUCAUGCAGAACUCUCCUGGUUAACUGCUGUCUCCAAGCACCCUGAAGAGCAAAUCAAAGUGUGGUUCACCACCCAGAGAUUAAAACAAGGAAUCACCUGGUCGCCAGAGGAAGUGGAGGAGGCCCGCAAGAAAAUGUUCAAUGGCUCCAUCCCACCUGUGCAUCACACCUUUACAGUUUCACCUGAUUCUGUCGCAGAGGCAGCGAGAAGCAUCCAGUCCCUCACACAGGCAAUCUCUGGCAGUACCCUCGGAUAUGCAAGCCAGCUGCUCACGACCACUGCUCACCGAACAUCCCUCACAUCUGCUUCUGUUACUGUGACAACGGUGAGCCAUGUGCCAUCUCUCAAAAGACCUUUGGCUGCUCCUUCCUUGCUCACAGAAGUAAAGCGGGCUAUGUUACCACCAGCAGAUGAACCCAAAGAGAAAUUACCCAUGGCACCCCCGCCUCCUCCCCCGAAAGACAGGCUGCCUAUGGCACCACCCCCAGUGCCUCCUGAGAUCAAGAGACCUCUGUCUUCUUCUUUUUUUGUACCUGAAAUGAAGAGGUCCAUUGCUGCCCCCAUCGUGUCCCUCAAAGGAAAACCACUUGUGGCACUUCCUCUUGUGGCUUCUAAAGAGAGGUUACCUAUGCCCCCUCCUUUAAUGCUGCCCAAAGACAGACUCGCCAUGUCACCUGGAUUUUCCACUGAGAUAAAACGAUUUGUAGUUGCCCCCCAGAUUAAAAAUCACACACCUUCCCUGCCAGUAAUCCCCAAAGAUAAAUUCUCUUUACCUUCUACUUUUUUGCCUUCUGAUGUGAAGUUACCUAUGGCACCUCCACUGGUUGUUCCUCAAAUGAAAAGACCAACAAUCAUUCAGACUGUACGAGGUCCUAGUAAGACACUACCGCUGGCCCCUACAUUUUCACUGGAGGGCAGGCAGCCUAAAGAACAGCCAGUGGAGCAAAAAGGGGAAAGCCGACAUUCAGAGAUUAAGGAAGCUAAUGGUGUCUCUCGGAGUGAGGUAAAGAGUUGGCUCCGUGACCAGGGCUAUCUCAAUGGCUCUCUGCGCAGGCCUAAGCUUGUCCCCACUCAAUUUCCUCUUCUGGAGAGGGUGAAGGGGAAGACCACUGAACAGCUCAAGAUCAUGGAGGAGAACUUUCAGAGAAACAGUUUUCCCUCUCACAGUGAAGUGGACAGCCUGGCAACUGUCACCAGGCUCUCCAGAGAGGAGAUUGACAGCUGGUUUCUCGAACGCAGAGCCUUGCGGGACAACCUUGAACAGGCCCUGCUCAACUCCAUGGGAGCGAAGAGGCUGGAUGCUUUCGAGAAGAGGCAGCAGCAGCAGCAGCAGCAACAACAAAAACAGAAUGCAGUUCUUAAUGGUGCACACAAGCCAGGAGGCCUACCCAUGAGCCCUCUCCGUCCAAUCAUUGCGCCCACCAGCUCCCCUUUGCACCUGGAUGGCAAAUCUCUUGGACUUCUCAAAGAUGUUUUUGUCCAAACCCAGUGGCCAUCACCUGAGGAGUACAACCUCCUGGAAAACCAGACUGGCUUGGCUCGUACAGAAAUUGUCCGCUGGUUCAAAGACAGUCGGUCAGACCUCCGCAAUGGAACUCUAGACUGGCCGGAGUUGAGCCAUAAGUCACACAGCAGCGCACAGAAUGGCCAGGGCUUACCUUUGACUGCAGAUCACAGUGGGAGCAAGGUCAUUCAGCGUUGUCAAGAAGCAAAGACGACUGGGGCAGAUGACACUGCGGGGCUGAGGGAUUGUGCCAAACUUAACAGCCAAGAGAUCAAGGAAUGGUUUGCCAACACACUGGGCCACAGCAUGCCAGACAUAGGUAGAAAUGGUGGUCAAAAUGGCAAAGGGAGAGGGGACUGUGGAAGCUGGGUGCAAGAUCCCAUGAGAAGAAAUGCUGGAGGAGUGACUCAAGAGCUGGUCUCAGACACUGAUUAGGUGGCUAAGGAAUCCUCGGAAGAGAAGAGAAUAUAAAGAGGUGACGAUUGUUGCCGCUGUCAUUUGCACAGAAGAAGAGAGAGCAGUUGAAUAUUAAAUAUUGUAUUUUUGGAACCAAUGAUUUCACUCUUGCACUCUCACCAUCUUAGCCUGCGCGUAAUGUUUCCAGGAUGCUGUAGGAAUGUUGCAAGUAUUGUUGGGUGUUUUUUUUUUUUUUUUUUUUUUUUUUGGAAAAAUAAACUAAACAAAACACUGAUUUGGGAUGAAAGCGGAGCUACAGAAAAUGCACUGUGAGUGCGUCUGAAGCACUGACAAGGUAGUGAUUCGUUGAGUGCCAAAGUGGGAUCUGCUGCAUUAUUACUUUUAAAAAAAGGGUUCUUGUACAUAUAUUUUUCUGUAUUGCUACAGAUUUGUAAAGUUUUGGGGGAAUUUUGUUACAUUUUAUAAUGGGAGCAACUGUCCCCCACCCCCCCUCCCCCCACUCUUUUGUGCUCCGGCUGGUCUUUACAGUGGCAUGUCCUACACUUUUGUAAUGAGACUCUGCAAACCACUACAGAACCAUUGGCAAUACUUCAGUCAGUUACACCAUGCUCAACUUCCGUUGCAGUUUUUUUUCCUUUCGUCAGAUGGACUUCCUUUGAACCGAAUCGCAUUUAUAACUGGACUGAGGUGCUGUUGUAUUCUCUGGACACUUCACCGUUGCUCUUGAUGUGAUCACACUUCUGUGAUCAAGUGACAUUUGUGGAUUGUUUGGAAGGAAAGAUGGACAUAAACAAUGCUGGUUAAAAAAAAAAAAAAAACUACACAAAACACAAAAAAAAAGCAGUCACGAACUGGUAAAGAAUCACAAUAUAUCUAAUACAGAAACAUGCUGUCUACACAAUCUCCUAAUACUCCUGUUAGUACAUUCACUCUGUCAUGCAAAUGAACAUAUACAUCAGUAACCGCCUUUAUACAUUAUGGCUUAAUAGGUGUAGUGCUAGUUCAACUCCGUAGAAACAAAACUUGUUGAGAGACACAAAGUCUUUAAGUACCGCUCCCGCUAUGGUGUCAUUGUCAAUACAUAUACCGAAAAAAAAAAACUGUACUUAUACCGAGGUCCUGAUUACUAUUUUCUAAGAAAUCAUCGAUGUCUGCUGUAAUCCAAUAAAACACAGCCUAUUUAAAAAAA